AUGGCCCCCGUCGCCCUCACUGCCGCCAACGCCUCCCCGCCCCCGCUCCCAGCCAAAAAGGCCUACGCUGCCGCACAGCUCAACGCCGGCCUCAACCUCGACGCCGACGGAGCAUCCACCCCCUACUCGGCCACCUCCACCGCCGUCUCAGAGUACGAUGGCGCCAAGGACAAGGUCUCCCACCCCGCCUCUCCCUCUGCCAUCGCAAAGGCCCUCGUAGAGUCCACCAUCCCCUCCACCCUCCCCUCUCCCACAGACGACGGCUACUACGCCAACCUCAUCGCCUCCUCCCUUCCCACCGUCGCUACAAAACCCGGCGCCACUGUCUUUGCCUCCGCCGUCGAUGCCCUCGAGGCCCUCGCCGUCAAACACUCUGAAUCUGUCUGGGUGUACGACGACGCCGCCCUCGUCGAGUUUGGCGCCCGUGUGAGCAAGUCCGGGUCUAAAAAGGUGCACGAGCUCCAAACCAGGCAAGGCGCCGGUCUCGAACUUGCUGGUUAUGCCUCCAAGACCCAGGGCAAGUUUACCAUCUUUGCCAGCAUCAAGACUCUGCAGUACCUCUUGCCCAGCAUUGACAAGAUUGAGGGCGAUGUCCUGAUCAACCUCGCUACCACUGCCAACCAUGAGUCGCUCGAGUUUACCGAUGGUCUCUACGCUUCCGGUACCCUCAAGGCGCUUGCUUCGUUGCCCGAGGACUGGGAGGUCGUCUUUUCUUCCGGCGACAAGAUCAUUGACACUGCCUCCAAGCUCUACGCGGGUGAGCCCCGAAAGGUCAUUCAUGUUGUCGAGAGCACCUACUCUGGCCGUGAAACCGCUGCCUACACCUUCCCCGCUCCUCAGCCCGCUGCCAUCGAGGACUUGACCAUCCAGAAUGGCUCUGCUACCCAGCUCUACCUUGCCCCCGCUGGCUACCUCGCCUCUGGCAUCGCUGCUGUACUUCCUGCGUCUGCUGGUUUGGUUCAGCUCAACACCCUCAGCCCUUCUUCUGACGCUCUCUUUGCCGCUCUCACCACCGAGGGCGGGCGCAAGACUGUCCAGGUUCUCGGCGCCACCAAGGCCGAUGCCGAGGCGCUGAAGGCUGUCGUCUUGGCGUCCCUCUACGCUGCCUCCGGCUCUAGCAAGUCCGUCUUGCCUCUUGUCAAGUCGCUGGUUGCUGCCUCUGUCGCCGCUAUCCCUGAUCUCACCACUGAGCAGGUCGCCAAGCCCGGCAAGGUCGUCUCCUUCUUCACUGCCCCUACCUCUCCUCUCCCCCAACUCCUUGCCCACCUCUUCCUCUCCUCCCCCUCGCUUUCUACCCGUCUCGCUCAGUUUGGCUCUGCAUCUGCCCGUGGUGUCAGGUCUGUCCUCUCUCUUGCGCCUGCCAGCACUCCUGCUGCUGCCUUGAGCGUCGAGGAGCCCAGCGACGUCACUUGGUUGUCUGACGCCAACGUCCUCAAGAGCGCCGACGUGCUCGCCUCUGCCAAGCAGGGCUCUAUCGUCGUCGUCGCUCUGCCUUGGUCCGAGGAAGAGUUGCCCGUCAAGUUUACUCGAUCCGAGAUCCAGACUAUCCAGUCCAAGCAGCUCCGAGUCUUCCUUCUCGACCUCGCUGCCGCGCCCACCACCCCUAUUCAGGAGCAAGUCGCUUUCCUCCUCCUCUACACUGGUACUUCCAAGCUCUCUCAGGGUGUCUGGAAGGUCCUCGACGCUUUCCACAACCACCAGGUUGCCCGAGAGGAUGUCGAAGCUGCUCAGGCCGCUUUGUUCGAGGUGAACGCUGCCAGCUGGGAGAUUCCCGAGCUCGAGGAGGGCAAGACUGAAAAGGUCAAGAGCCAGUGGGAGUGGGACGCUCUGCCCGGCCUUGCCGGCGUCGUUGCUUCCUCUGACGAGCAGGGGUCUGGUAUGGGUCCUUGGGACCUUGCCGCCCGUCACUUGUUCUUCCGAGAGGCCUUUGCCGUGCCCUCCGCCAAGACUACCGACAACGCCCAAGGUCUUCCUGGCGUCUCUGCCCUUCGACCCAGCAUGUCGGAAGAGACCUUCCUCGUCACCGUCUCUGAGAACCGCCGACUCACUCCCCAGACCUACGACCGAAACGUCUUCCACCUCGAGCUCGACACUGCCGGUACCGGUCUUCACUACGAUGUUGGUGAGGCCAUCGGUAUCCACGGUUGGAACGAUGCCGAGGAGGUGCGCGAGUUCUGCGAGAUGUACGGCGUCGACCCGGACAGCCUCGUGACUUUCCCCUCCCCAACUCGGGCCGGUACCCUCGAGUCCCGAACCGUCUUCCAGCUCUUGCAGCAGAACGUCGACCUCUUCGGUCGACCCGGCAAGGCCUUCUAUGCUGCGCUCGCCAAGGUUGCUACCAACAAGUCUGAGGCGAUGCGACUCAAGUUCAUCUCUGCGCCUGAAGGUGCCGAGCUGUUCAAGAGGAUGGCCGAGAAGGAGACUGUCACCUUCGCCGAUGUCUUGAAGGGGUUCAAGACUGCCAGGCCCACCAUCGAGGAGUUGGUCGGUUUGAUCCCCGAGAUCAAGCCUCGACACUACUCCAUCGCUAGUAGUCAGAAGGCUGUCGGUGACAAGGUCGAGUUGUUGAUCGUGACGGUUGACUGGGUCGACGUUCAUGGCUCUCCUCGAUUCGGUCAGUGUACCAGGUACUUGUCCGCCCUCGCGCCCGGAUCCAAGGUUACCGUGUCCAUCAAGCCUUCCGUCAUGAAGCUCCCUCCUGAUGACAAGCAGCCCAUCAUCAUGGCCGGUCUUGGUACUGGUGCCGCUCCCUUCCGAGCCUUCAUGCAGCACCGAGCUUGGCAGCGAACUCAGGGUAUCGAAGUCGGUCCCCUCAUCUACUACUUUGGUUCCCGAUACCGUUCGCAAGAGUACCUCUACGGUGAAGACAUCGAAGCCUACAUCGCUUCUGGUGUCAUCGCCCACGCGGGUCUUGCCUUCUCCCGAGACGGCGUGGACAAGUCUUACAUCCAGCACAAGAUGUCUGCCGACAAGGCUUUGCUCUCCAAGUUGCUCAAGGGCAAGGGCAGCGAUGCCGCGUACUUUUACCUGUGUGGACCUACAUGGCCUGUGCCAGAUGUUUACGAGGCUCUUGUGGGCAGUUUGACGAGCGAGGGUGGUAUGGAGAGGAAGGCGGCCGAGGACUAUAUCGAGGAGUUGAAGGAGGAGGAGAGAUAUGUGUUGGAGGUCUACUAA